AUGGACUGGUCAUCAACAGCCGCCCACCACAUAAUCGACAACCCAUCAACCCACGAAGACCAUCUCGAAAUCCACCGCAAAGGUCGAAUCGUCCUCCUCGCAGACCGAAGCACGAAUUUCUUCGGAAAAUCCGAACUUCGACUCCGCACCUCCAAAAUCGAUGGAGAUCGCACGGUCGCUGCUGCGAAACUCAAACCCACGUAUCAUGGAUGUCGUGUGUUGCUAGGUGACCCGGACGACCGAAAGGCGAGGAAGGCGUGGCAGGAAACCGAAACUUCGGGGACGUAUUUUUCGAGGUAUCAGAUUUUGUGGAUGGGGAGGAAGUUCUAUUGGAAAAGAUUGCAUCUUGAUUCGGAUCCCGGUGUUCCACACGAACAGGCUCGUAUAGACUACAUGCAAGAUCUGGGCCAAGAUCUUGAGCAUUUGGUCCUCGUCUCCGCCAUGGCUUUGAUCAUGAAUCAAGCUUUGCUUAGGAAGGCGAGAGGGAUGCCAUUGGCGCAGGGACCGUUUCCGCUUACGGGUGGAUUUGUGACUAUGCCUUAUGCAUCAUCCAGCUAUUGA